CCUUCACGCUCACUGCCAAAGUCUUGACAGGCAGGUUGGGGCCACCCCCAGGCCAGAUGCCACCUGUGAGGCAUAAAGCCGGCAGAGGCAGCUCCUGAGAGACCUCUGCUGUCUGCCAUGAAGGGAAGCAGCACCCUCCUGCUGGUGGCCCUCUCCUUGCUCUGCUCCUGCGGGCUGGCCUCUGACGAGGACAGCAGUGAGUUUUUCAUGGACUUCCUGCAAACGCUGCUGGUGGGGUCCCCAGAGGAGCUGUACGAGGGGCCCCUGGGCAAGUACGACGUCAAUGCAGAUGCCAAAGCGGCGCUGACUGAGCUCAAGUCCUGCAUAGACGGCCUACAGCCCAUGCACAAGGCGGAGCUGGUCAAGCUACUGGUGCAAGUGCUGGGCAGUGAAGAUGAAGCCUAACAAACCCCAGUCAUGGCUCCAGGCGGCCACAGGACCAGCUACACAAUCAGCCACAGCCACGCCACCCCAUCACCACUUUCCUGUGCGUGAACUUAUCCGAAAACUAUUCAGUCAAUAAAGCCUCCUGCAGAUCAG